AAACUCCUAGCGGUUUCCCUCGGAACUGUCUGCGCAUGUGCCUGUAGAUCAGACUGGAACAGCUGAUCCCGACGGCGAAGUGAGCGCCCUCUGGUGUGCGCAUGCGUAGUGCAGCGGCUGAGGCAGAAGCGCUGUCGGGCAGCCCGCACCGUGCACUGAGCAACACCAUGGGGGAGACCGGAGGGGACGUCAACUCCAAUCUGCUCAUCCCCAGCUCCACCGGGGAGCCCGAACUCGACCUCGCCGUAUGGCAGUGGCUGCGCUGGGAUAAGAAUCCAAAGACGAAAGCCCAGAUAGAGACGUUGCUACGGAAUGGGAAGAACAAGGAGCUCCGCGAGCGUCUGUGCUGCCGAAUGUCCUUUGGCACCGCCGGUCUGCGCUCCGCCAUGGGCGCCGGGUUCAGCUGCAUCAAUGAUCUGACCAUUAUACAGACCUCCCAGGGAAUGUACCACUACCUUGAGAGGAGUUUCCCCGAUCUGAAGAAGAGAGGCCUUGUGAUUGGCUAUGACACGCGAGGCCAAGUGACCAGUAACAGCAGCAGUAUAAGGUUUGCCAAGCUGAGCGCCGCCGUGUUUCUGAGCAGGGGGGUCCCGGUACAGCUCUUCUCCAGAUACGUCCCCACUCCUUUCGUGCCCUACGCGGUGCAGAAACUGGGGGCAGUCGCCGGGGUCAUGGUCACAGCGUCGCACAAUCGCAAGGAGGACAAUGGGUUUAAGGUGUAUUGGGAAAACGGGGCGCAGAUCACAUCACCCCAUGACAAGGAAAUCCUGAAGUGCAUCGAGCAGCACGCAGAGCCCUGGGACGAGUCCUGGCAGGAGAAUCUGCCCGACAGCAGCCCCCUGGCCAGGGACCCCCUGGAGGAGAUAACCAGGAGUUACAUGGAGGAGCUGCAGUCUCUCUGCUUCCACAGGCACAUUAAUAUGAAGACACCCCUAAAGUUUGUUCAUAGCUCCUUUCAUGGCGUAGGCCAUGAUUACGUUCAGGGAGCGUUCAGAGUCUUCGGCUUCAGCCCCCCAAUUCCGGUUCCCGAACAAAAAGAUCCCGAUCCCGACUUCUCCACAGUCAAGUGCCCAAAUCCGGAGGAAGGCGAAUGCGUUCUGGAGCUGUCUCUCAGGCUGGCAGAGAAGGAAGGUGCCCGGGUGGUGGUGGCAACUGACCCAGAUGCCGACAGACUGGCAGUUGCUGAAUUGCAGGACAUGGGCCGCUGGAAGGUCUUCACUGGGAAUGAACUGGCGGCGCUGCUGGGAUGGUGGAUGUUCUACUGCUGGGAUAAGUCCUGCCCCGAUAGGUCCGACGUGAGGGAUGUCUGUAUGCUGGCAACCACUGUGUCCUCCAGUAUCCUGCGCGCUAUUGCCAACAAGGAGGGCUUCCACUUUGAGGAAACCCUUCCUGGAUUUAAAUGGAUCGGAAACAGAGUGAAAAGUCUCCUGGAUGAGGGGAAGACGGUCGUAUUUGCAUUUGAGGAAUCUAUAGGCUUCAUGUGCGGAACCUCGGUGCCGGACAAAGAUGGCGUGAGUGCGGCUGUGGUUGUGGCGGAAAUGGCCGCCUUUCUGGACAGUAACAACGUGACUAUGGAGCAGCAGCUGGAGAGUCUGUAUGAAACAUAUGGUUAUCACAUUUCAAAGACCUCCUAUUUCUUGUGCUACGACCCCGCGACAAUCAGAAGGAUAUUUGAGCGCCUGCGGAACUACAACGGGCCAAAGAGAUACCCAGAGUUCUGUGGGCCCUACGGCAUCCUGCACGUUCGGGAUGUGACCACCGGCUACGACAGCAGCCAACUGAAUAAGAAAUCUGUUCUGCCGGUCAGUAAGAGCAGCCAGAUGGUCACCUUCAGCUUUCAGAACGGCUGUGUCGCCACCCUGAGAACCAGCGGCACUGAGCCCAAGAUAAAGUACUAUGCCGAGAUGUGUGGGACCCCAGGCCAAGGAGAAAAGUCUUUCUUGGAAGAGGAGCUGAAAAAGGUCAUUGACGCCCUAGUGGAGAAUUUCCUGGAACCCAGCAGGAACGGCCUGAUCUGCCGCUGUGUGUAAGGGCGUCGUCUCCCCAAGUAAUGGCGGCUGCACCUUACACAAUACGACAUUGAGACAGAGAUAACCAAAAACCAAGCAGUGUGGCUUUCCUAUAGGGUGUCCCAACCACUGCCCGCAGGAAUGUACCUGCUCCUCACUGGGCGGCCCAUAAUGCCAUGCGCGGGGCACUUUAUAAGCUAAAGAGUGAUUGGAGGGGAAUUUCUACCCACAAUCCUCCUAUAUCGCUCGUUUUCUAUUUGUCUGGUUUUUUUUGACCAAAUCAUUUCCGACAUCUUGUUUAAGGCGCUUGAUGUUCUAUAUCCGUUGCACUAAGCCUUAGGAGCGGCGUUGCCGGGGGCCUCAUUGCUCUCCCCGUCCUAUUCGAUGGCGCGGGGGGGGGCAAGAGAUUACCAAAUAGUUACAUUUCUGAUCUGUGUCUUUCUGUUUUGCCUGUUUCAUGUUAAUUUAUUAGUUUUUUUUUUUUUAUACAUUUUAUAUGAUGUAUAAAUAUUCUGUACAGGAGCCCCGCCUCCUCUCUGUUUUUUUUUUCCCGUAUUGCAUGCGUUUAUAUAGAAAUAUUUCACCGACCGAGAAGGGUUGGGAUGGAAAUGCAUUUGGUUUUGCCGUAGCAAUAGCAUUGGUUUGUAUAGAUAACGAGUGUAACAAUAAUUACUCGAUUUGCGCGUCGUUCUUAAAGACACAGGCGCGUUUUGAACUUUGGAAUUGCGAAGACAAUGAUGUAGAUAUUAUUAUAGGGAUGCCGGGGGUUGUUCCCGAACACGUAAUGGAGCCGGUGCUGGUGUGGGUCACAGACGCACUGUUAGCAACCACUUAGCAACCAAUCAGAGAAUUGCAUUAUUAAUGCAAUUCUCUGAUUGGUUGCUUGGGCUGACUGUGGCGGUAAAUACGCCCCAGUAAUUGGGGUUUCCGGAACGUGGCUGAACAAUCUCCGGCGUUGCUUUAAGGAGACUGUAGAACAUAUAGAGUAUUAUUACUGUUUGUCAUUUCUGUGUUGUUUCCGACUCAGUAGUCAGAAGUGUCUACACAGAGGGUACAGACCACUACAAGUAGCAAUUUACUACUGGCUGGGGCCAUAUAAGCAGUGGAAUUGCCCCACGUGGCCCUAGCCAACUUGGCUACAGAUGGAAUAUACAUUGAGGCUUAAAUGGGUGGAGCUGGGUAAGCCAUUUUGAGCUCACAGCGGAAGUACCCACAAGUGAUUGGCUGCUUUACAGUGGGUGUUGCCAUUGCUUGUUAAGCCCCGCCUAUGCAGAGCUGUGUGAGUUCCCCCACAGCCUUUCCGUAUUCUCCAUCCUGUGUCCCUGAUGAUUCUCUCUGGGGCGGGUAAGUGGCCAAGGGGACUGGUAAAGUACCUCCCUGGGUGCAGAAGAGCAUUUCAAGGUUUAUUAUAGUGAUUUCUCAUUGGGGGGUGACUGCUCCUCCUUA